AUGGCGAUGUUUCACGACGAGGUGGAGACUGAGGACUUCCAACAUGACGAGGACUCGGAGAUGUACUUGUACCCCUGCCCACGUGGGAAUAACUUCUGCAUCACCAAGGAAGAUUUGGAGAAUAAGGAAGACGUGGUAAUGUGCCCUAGCUGCUCUCUCAUUAUAAAAGUGACUUAUGACAAAAAUCAGUUUACAUGUGGAGAGACAGUCCCAGUCCCUUCCACCAACGAAGAACUAGUUAAAUGUUGA